AAAUCUAAUUUUACCAAUUUUACGUUUUUUCCAGUGGUCGAGGAGUGACGCAUAGAUGCUUAGUGCUGGCGACUGAUGAGUGACGUUGUUACUUGUUUGUGUGAUGUUCAUUAGUUCAGCAAUAACUUAGUUUGGUGGUGUGUGGAACUGAGGAAUGUUGAAGAUUCGAUGUUAAAAUGUUUACUUAUACAAAUCCUCGUAAUUCUCUUAAGUUACAUAAAAUUAAACCAUCACCAUUUUCAACAUAUCAGAAACGUAAAUUAUUUUUCGAAGACAAUGCGGAUAAAAAUAUUUCUCAAUCUGAUGUGUAUGAUCCUGAACAGAUUUCUCCUGAAAAAUCUUUUAAUACAAAUUUAACUGAAUUAAGUCCUACUCUAAGUGAAAAAUUUGAAAGUCUUAUUUCAAACUCAAAGCAUGAGCAUUUAUGUUCAUCAUCAAUUACCACAGACAAACCUUCAAAUUUUCAACAAAUUGAACACAAUACCACAACACCAUUGAAUUCAAAAAAAAUCAAAGGAGACAAAAAUCUUCCAAACAAAAUUUUUAAUUUAAAUACAAUUAAAAAUAACAAAGCUGAGUAUGAAGUAAAAGCUUCAUGUUCUUAUGAUUAUAAAACGAUUUCACCUAAAGAUGUUGGCAGUGAACGAGUUACUCGCUCACAUUAUAAUCCAAAAGUAAAAAUAAAACUAUUUAAAGAUAAUAAGUCAACAAGUAAAAAAAGACCUAGAUCUACCAGCCCAGUAAUAAAAACAAAAAUAAAUUUGUUUCCUGAUGGUAUAUCACCAUUCAAAAAGAAGCCUGUAGAUAUAGGAUCAUGUAAGAAAGAAGAGGUCAAUAAAUCAACUAAAAAAAAUAUAGUUAAAAAAACUAAAACUCCUAAACAAUCUUCAUCAAAAAAAAAUGUAUGGACAGAAUACAUGAAUCAAAAUAAACCUAAACGUAUUCUUAUGGAACAACACAACAACAGAAAAUUUUUCAAGUCUAAAGUGAUUCAUAAUGAUAUAUUAAAUAAGAAAAAAGAUAAUGACUUUAACUCAAAAGUUAUUAAUUGGAAUAAUGAAAAUAGUAUUAGUUCUACAGUUGAAGUCAAGGAAUCUAAUUUAAAGGAUCCAGAAAUAUUCAAUGAUGAAAUCAGUGAAAAUGAUCAAUAUAUAAAUAAAUCAAUAGAAUUUGAUGAUAGCCAUUCGACAACUAUACAAAGUUUGCUACCGACUCCAACGUUAAAAAGAAAAUAUAAAAGUGUCCAAAAUCAUAGCUCUAUUCUAAGACCAGUUUUGUCUAGAAAUGAUGUUGAUGGAGAAAAAUGUAUUUCUGCUUAUUCUUCACCAGCUGCUUAUCUAAAAGAUGUAUCAAGUACUGAUUUUGAUGUCACAGUCAUGAAUGAAUCAGUGAAUACUUCAAUCGAUUUCAAUGAUACAGUCACUGAUGAGAUUGCUAAUACUUCAACUAAUACAACUAAUACUUCGGUUAUUGUAAAUGAAUCUCCACGAACAAAUUUGUUCCCAAUUUUCAUAAAUGGAACACCUUCAUCUAGUCACAUUAUUCUUUCUAGUGAAAAAACCAGUACAGUGAAAAAAUUAAGAAGAAUUAUUGAUAAUACUCAGUAUCAGAUUUAUGCAGGACAAAAGAAAUUUGGCGGUGUCUUAUGUAAAGAAUGUGGUAUUUUUUAUUCAAGAGGAGAACCAGAAGAUGAAGCUGAACAUGACAAAUAUCAUAAAGCCAAGGAUAUUUUCAAGUAUAAGACUAUAAAAAAUGAAAAAGUUAUUUUUAAAGAUUUUGAUGAACGUAUUGUUGUAAUAUCUGGAUCGGAUACUAAAGUUUUGUGUUCAAAAGCUUUAGAGGUGAUGUCAUAUGUUGACAAAGAGCUUGGCUGCAGUGUACAACAUUCUGUUUUACCCACAACUAAAAAAGUUUAUUUGUAUAUAAAAAAGAAACAAGUGAUUGGAUGCCUAGUUAUAGAUCUCAUAUCUCAGGCUUAUCAUAAUGUAGAUACUGAAUCAGAAGACAUGGUUGUUGUAUCUGAAGAUUCAUAUCCCGUGAAAGUAGGUGUUAACAGUAUCUGGAUAAAAUGGGAUUGCCGUAGAACUGGUAUUGCAACCAAACUACUAGACUAUUUUCGUAAAAAUUAUGCAUUCGGUCAUAUAUUGACACUUGAUGAAAUUGCCUUCACUGUGCCUACACGUGCUGGCAAACAAUUUAUUAAAAAGUAUACAAAGAAAAAUGAUUUUUUAGUUUAUACUGGAUGGUAAUUUUUGUGAUUUGUUAUUCUUCAAGAUAACAUAUUAUACAUUGUUUUAUCAUAUGUUAUAUUGUUUUCCUUAGCAGAGCUUUGCCCUGAUUAAUUUCAGACAAUAUGGUCAAUUGAUGUACCUAAUAUUUAAAAAUAAUUUAUUUUUGUUAAUAAUUGUCAUACAUUUAUUAUUUUUUUGGACCAAGUGUUUUUGAAAUUCUAGAAAGUUAUUAAAUAAGAAAAUAAAAGCUUAUAUCUCAACUUCUAUCAUUAUAUUUUCAUGAAAAUAAAUAUUGUAUUAAAAUAUUUUUGAAUUUUUACAAAGUUUUUCAAAGGUGUGCCAUAAAUAAUUGUUAAUCAUGUAAACAUUUAUACUUUUUAAAUAUAUUACAAUUAAUGUCAUUUA